AUUAGUGCAGGUAUGAGGGGUCGAGGCUCAGGCGGAGGCUCAGGCCGAGGAUCAGGCCGAGGAUCAGGCCGAGGACGGGGGGACCCUACCGAGCCCGUUGAGGAGCAGCAUCGUGAGGAGGCUGGAGGACCUGUUCAGCCUUUGCAGGAGCGUGAGGCAGGCGAGCCCCCGGCCAUUUUGGACAACCAGGGUAGGGCGAUGGUUCGUCCGGACCCUAGCAGGACAAUGUUGCUGGACUCUGGGCCUGUUUCUCGGGCUAUCCGGGAUAUUUUCAGGCAGUGCUGGUUCGAGACUGGAUCAGCAUGGCGCUUUCUGACAGCGGACAAGAGGGAGUUCUAUUUUCAGGAAUUUCAGAAGAAGUUCUGGUGGGAUGACUCUGCGUACAGCGAGGAGGUAAUCAGACGGGUCUUCAUGACCCAUGCAGCCACCCGGUACAAAGACAACAUCCACAAGAUGAGGAAAAUGCAAAAGAAGCAUACAUCUGUGAAUCAGGAGAUCUGGGAAGCCUGGAAUGCAUUUUGGGACACAGAGAAGGAGAAAAAGAAGUCAGAGACAGCCCGGGCAAACCGGAUGAGUGAGCCUGCGGGCCCCGGUUCUGGUCCUGUCCGCCAUACCGGGGGAUCUCGCUCUGCUAUCAAGCAUAUGGAUGUGAUGGUUUGUUUCUAA